GGAUUCGGAACAUUAAAUUAAAGAGCAAAAACACCACAGAAGCAGACGUGUUUCACUGUGACUUGUACGGCAUGGUUGAGGAAGGCAGUGAGAAGUUUGCCAUGAGCUCUCAUCCUAUGGGCCUCUCUUCUGGGGAGACCCUAGACAACCUGGCGCCAAUCUUCCCACCACAAAACUUUGAUGUUCCAGACAUCAGUUUCUCUAACAGUGUCAGUCCACACACUGACUUCAACCAGUUCAGCUCCGCACACAUAUUUGCUGGCUCAUCUACUCACAACAGCGAUGCCGCCAUGCCCUUCAAGGGCUCCGUAAAUUCUACUCAGUCCACCUUGGGUGGACAACUGGUGACCUAUUUACCCCCAGUGUCCAGCAGUCCACCUGGCACGUCAAGCAGCGAGGACAGCGAUGAUCUGCCCUUAGCUCAGCUGGCAAAACGUGCUGCCACACCUGGAUCACCCACCAACACAGACAGCUCAGCUGUCCAGAAAAAAACUAACAAGAGAAAAAAGAAGAAAGAUCCAAACGAACCUCAAAAGCCAGUUUCAGCGUAUGCUUUGUUUUUUCGUGACACACAAGCCACAAUCAAAGGCCACAACCCAAACGCUAGUUUUGGUGAAGUCUCUAAAAUAGUUGCAUCAAUGUGGGACCAGCUGGAUCCUGAUCACAAGGAUGUCUAUAAGAAGAAAACAGAACAGGCUAAAAAGCAAUACUUGAAACAAUUGGCAGCUUAUAGGGCAACACAAGUAUCUCAGCAGACAGCCACUGAUGAGUCAGAAGGCUCCACCUCCCCUCCAGCCUACCUGGCCACUGGCUCUCCACCUGCUCACAUCACAGGUCCUGGCAUGUCACCUGUCCAUUUAGCAAACAACAUGACAGGUCAGAUGAUGGCCAGACAAGAGAUGAUGUCACCACAUGGGUUCCAGCAACACAUGCAGCCCGUGGUCUGCCAAUCACCUCCACGCCACUCUCCCCCCUCCCCUCUAGCCUGCCCACCCCAAGAUUCCACCAGCUACCAGACUGGCUUGAUGGAGCACAGUGCUCUGCCUGAUGCACUUAUGGAUCUGGCUUACCCUCACUGUGUAAGAAGUGGCUGCACCAACUAUGCUAAAGAAAACCCUUCAUGGGACACAGAGUACUGUAGCAAUGACUGUGUCAUCUCACACUGCAGGGAUAUUUUUACCACAUGGGUGUCUGCAAGAACUGGUACCAGUAGCUACACAGUGAAGUAACAGUCAGUGAGUGACCACAACCAACUAGCAGACAUCAACACACAUGUGCAGUCUCUAGGGAGCUACCUGUCACUGAUAUAACUGUCACAAAAUGGUGGUGUAUAAAUAAUUUGUAAAUAUGGAAUCUAAAGUGGUUUCAGAACACACUUGAACAGAUUUAUCUUUGGGGUCCAGUCCUCUUUGUACUGGGUAGUUGUUUAUUUCUUAGGAGAACUGCUUAUGGCAGUGAAGUUUGUGGCAGACAUAAUUGUACAGGGUAAUAUCAACUGUCAGCGACACAUUCUCAGUCAAAAUGAAUAAUGUAUGAAAAUUCAUACAAAAUAUUCCAAACUCAAUUAACAUCCCCAGUACAAUUUUCAUCCAUGUAUAUAUGUGGUUUACAUCAUAAGUGGUCUUUAAUCAGUUGCUUAUGAAUGAAAUAUUUUUGGUGUAUACAAAUGAUGUAAUUUUUUGAAGACUAUGUAUCUUUAGAAUGAUUUCUAUGACAAAUGUAUUCCAGUUUUAUUAUGGCAUGAUCAAGUGAAAAUAAAUAAAA